AUGGACUCGCAGGAUGAUGAGAAGAGUCCUAAGAGUCCAGGACUCCGAGGACUCGAUGGUUGGAAAAGCGACAAGCAGUAUGACAAGAAUAACCCCGUUUGCAUCCACUAUGACCUUCGGUGGAAGAUCUCCCAACGUGAAAAUAUCAGAGCUAGGCAUGUUUGUUCAGACACAGAUCCCGAUCUCGUCUUGGCUCCGAGCGAUUUUUGGAAGGUUAAAUUCCAGGCACGACUCGAAAGCCUCAUACAGGAAAUGAAAGACGAGGGCAAAUUCCAAGGAGAUAACUAUGCGUGUGACGAAACAAUCAUCGAAAUCUCUAUCGAGCGGAGCCCUCAGCGCAGGCUAACUAAACGAUACAAGAAGGUCGCCAUCAACUGGCAGGAGGUUGACAACCACCUGGAAUGCCUCAGUGACUUGUUUAGCAAGGGGAGGAAGAUAACUUUCAGCAUGGAGUUUGUUUAUAAGGAGGUUACUUGUGAUUCUACAACCGCAAAGGGCAAGAAAAAGAAGAAAAGCGCUACUGAAGCCCAGAAGCUCCAGAGAGCCGCUGACGCUGGUCUUUGGGCCCAAGUAUACGAGCAUUACCGUUGCAGAGGCAACUACUGCAAGCAAGGACCUCACUGUUGGUCAGACGAACGUGGAAACCAUCAUAGUCUGCUGUCAGGCCAGCUGGAGGAUAUUGUCCGUAAUAUCAAAGACAACAUAAAGGAAGGGGAGACAGAAGAGGAUGUCAAUAUCGACAUCGAGAUCCCAUCCAGGAUUCUCAAAAAUGUCGUGGAUAAUAGCCGCAAGCGGAAAGCAGAUGGCUAA